UGUUGUGUUGGUCUGUUGAUACCGGUAAUAAAUAACGGAUUCGAACGUUCAAAUUCAAUGAUAAGGAUAAGUGUUGUUAUCAUCGAAGGAAACAUAUGUUGAUGAACCUGAAGUCUCGAUAUGUUGAGGGUUUUGAGGAAUUUCAGGGGAUUCUCAAAACAUUUGGGAAUUAAUAAAAAAAGUUUCAGUGAUUUUGUGUACAGUCGAGAGGUUAAUGAGGCUAGAAAAAAUGAUAUGCCAAUUGUUGCUCUGGAGACAACAAUUGUCACGCAUGGAAUGCCAUAUCCAGAUAAUUAUGAGACUGCGGCCAAUGUUGAGAGUGUCAUAAGGAGAAAAACUCUGGAAUUUCUGGAGACCUUGGGUGUCCCGGUGAUGACGAUAGGAGAUUCCCUGGAAUUUCCAGCAUUUUACAGUCGCAGUACUCCAAAUUACCUGAAAUCCCCAGCUAGAGUGUCUAGAUCUGAGGAAGCUGCUGAGUGUAUAAAAGCUCAGAGGGAUUUAGGAAUAAAUUCGGGCCUAGUUUUUGCUGUUCCCAUUCCACAAUCUGGUGCGAUCGAUCCAGUGGAGAUCGAGAGGUACAUUGAAAGGGCUCUUAAAGAGGCUGAGGAGAACAACAUCAGGGGAAAAGCAGUGACUCCCUAUUUGCUGAGAAGAUUAAAUGAAUUUACCGGGGGGAAGUCGUUGGCAGCCAAUAAAAUUCUCAUUGAGAAUAACGCGGCUGUGGCAGCAGAAAUCUCUUUGCACUUAUCCAGAUUACGAGGGAAAAGCAGUGGAAAUUGUGGUGCUCGUGGAGCAGAAGUUAUCGGUUCUCCAAUCGUAAUAGGAGGAGCAGUGAAGGACACAGUGUUGCAGUGUGAGGAGAUUUCCCUGAAAUUCGAUGGUAGAACACACAAGGGAAAAAGCCGGAAGACCAACGGAGGAGUUGGAAGGAACAUAGCAGCAGCUCUUGAUGCACUUGGAGUGGAAGGAACCAAGUUGUUGUCCACUGUUGGCGAUGAUGACGCAGGAAGAGGAAUCAUCCUAGAGCUCCAAGCAGCUGGAUCCACAGUCAAGACAUUGCAGGGACAAACUACUGCAGGGUACACAGCAGUUGUAGACAGUGCGGGUGAAUGUCGAUUUGCCGUAGGUGAAAUGGAUAUUUUUGAUUCAAUCGACGUAUCCCUCGUGGAGGAGAAUCGAUCGAGCCUCGAGGAGGCACAACUCAUAAUUCUGGAUGGAAAUCCACCUCUCCAGACGAUUCACCAGGUCAUCGACAUCGCUGUUAAUUGCCAGAUACCCGUGUGGUACGAACCAACGGACGUAAAAAAAUCCUGCAAAAUAUUCUCCCAUCCUGAUUGGCAAAAAGUCCUGCAAUUCGUCAGUCCAAACGUCAAAGAGCUCUUCACGAUGGCCGAGUAUUUUUCUAUUACUAAAACCGAUGAGAUUCCUCCGGAUGAGUGCACGAAUUUAAUCACUGAAGUUGCUGAAAAAUUGGCUGAGUACAUUCCAGUGGUUGUUGCAACAAUAGGAGCUGAAGGAGUUCUGAUUGCUCGGAAGGGAUCAAAGUCCGAUGGAUUCUACUCCAAAAGAGCUAAUAAAUUAUUAACAAAAACUGGGAAUGUCCAGAGUAGACUCUACCCUCCACUAAUAAAAAUCAAUGACUCUGAAAAGAAUAGAUACAGUGUGAGUGGCUGUGGAGAUUGUUUAGCAGCUGGAAUAAUCUCUGGAGUUCUUCGAGAGCUCGACGAAGAGACUUGUGUAUCCCUGGGGCUAAGAGCUGCUCAGUUAUCCCUCGAAUCCCCCCAGACAGUCCCCAUUUCCCUCAGAACCCUGAGGCCAUUAAUAAUAAACAAUAAACACAACAAUAACAACACAGGAAAAAUAACGACAUGAUUAAUUUGCAAAAAUAAAUUG